CACUGGGUACAUCGCCCUCUUCCUUCCACACCCACCGAGUUGACCAAGAGUUCGACGUCCAACGUCCAACUUCCGCUAGGCCAUGGCAAUAGUACCCAGCACGCUCAGCACAUUCUACAAGGGUGUCCCACCCUCGUUCCAAUGGCCUGUCAAAUUCUGCAUCUAUAACACAGUGGUCGCCUUCGUCCUUGGUGCUGCUACAGGCAAUGUUUCCCAGGUCGACAGGGUGUGGACUUUCCUCCCCACCAUGUAUGCCGCGUACUACGCGUUAUUACCCCUCUGGCCGAGCAAAUCACCCCUUCCGCUGUACCCCUUUCUUCCAGAGACCGCGCAUCCCGACAUAGCUCAUAACUUCAGUCCCCGUGCCCUUCUCAUGUUCGGUCUCAUAUUUAUUUGGAUGUGUCGGUAUGUCACGAAACUCGUCGCGCAAUCUGCAUUAUACCGACUAGAUAUUAGCCUCUCGUACAACACUUGGAGGCGUGGUCUGUUCAAUCUCAAGGAUGAAGAUUACCGCUGGGCUAUCCUCCGCUCCAAGAUGUCCCCCUUGCUCUUCCAGGUCUUCAACCUCGUCUUCAUCGCAUUCAUGCAGAACGUCAUCCUCUUCGUCCUCGCCGUUCCCGUCCAAAUCGCUGCCAUGCAGCAGCCAGCCAAACUUCACGUCUCUGACUAUUUCCUCGCGGGACUCGCACUUCUCGACGUUGCCGCAGAGUUCGUAGCGGACAAUCAGCAAUACUCGUUCCAAACUUUCAAGCACUCUGGCGUCCGCCAACCCAAGACAGCUGAUUGGCCUGGCGCCCGCAUCGAGUGGACGACAGCCGAUGCCAACCGCGGCUUCAUCACCCGCGGACUAUGGGCUUGGUCGCGCCACCCGAACUUCUUCUGCGAGCAGACGUUCUGGGUGAUCAUCAACCUCAUCCCUUUGGUCGCACCUGAGUACCCAGGCUACGAGCCUCCCCUCCCUCUCGGGUCCGGGACACCCCUGGAAUCUCUUUUCCCCAUCAUUCCGUCGCUCGUGAUCUCCUCGCUCUUCUUCUCUUCGACCAUCUUUACCGAGAGCGUCUCUGCCGCGAAAUACCCCGAGUACAAGGCCUACCAGCAGCGCGUCUCGAUGUUCGUGCCGUUCCUCACUCCAGUGUGGGGCCUUUACCUCAAGCUACUUGGCAAGAAGGAGGAGAUUGAUAAGUUGGUGUAUGGGCAAGAUCUGCCGAAGGGGAAGAAGAAAGCUGAGUGAGUUGAGACUGCUCACUUACUGGACAAUUUCUUGUUGCGUUCUUGUUCUGAUCUCGCUAUCGUCGCACCCCUGUAAUAAUACGGCGUUCUUCGGCUAUCACCCUGAAUGAACUACUGGCUGGAACGCGUUU